AGCGUUUAGUGUGAGGCCCCCGCACCCCGCACCCCGCACCCCGCACCCCGCGCGCCGCCUCGCGAGGCCUCAUCGCACCUCGUUACCCUCCCGGGGCGCACGCCGCAUCCGUCACACAUUCCCACCUGAAAAACUUUUGUGACCAACAAGUCGACUUGAACUGGAUAUCUAAACCCUGUCCGUCUUUUUUUGCUUUUAUUUCCCUUUUUUUCGUUAAAUGGUACAAUGUCGUCUUUGCCAGGACCGGUACCGCGGAUGAUGCGCGCGGCUCCGGGACAGAACUAUGCCCGCACCGGAUUCCCGCUGGAAGUGUCCACUCCCCUGGGACAGGGUCGGGUCAACCAGCUGGGAGGGGUUUUUAUCAACGGCCGGCCGCUUCCCAACCACAUCCGACACAAGAUAGUGGAGAUGGCCCACCACGGGAUCCGGCCCUGCGUCAUCUCCCGACAGCUGCGGGUGUCUCACGGCUGCGUCUCCAAAAUCCUGUGCCGCUACCAGGAGACCGGCUCCAUCCGGCCCGGGGCCAUCGGAGGCAGCAAGCCCAGGGUCGCCACGCCGGACGUCGAGAAGCGGAUAGAGGAGUACAAGCGGGACAACCCCGGCAUGUUCAGCUGGGAGAUCCGGGAUAAACUGCUGAAGGACGGGGUGUGCGACAGGAGCACAGUCCCUUCAGGUGAGGCCUCCUCGGUGAGUUCGAUCAGCCGCGUACUUCGAGGUCGGUUUGGGAAAAAGGACGAUGAGGAAGAUGGUGAUAAAAGGGAUGAAGACGGAGACAAGAAAAGCAAACACAGCAUCGACGGCAUCCUCGGCGACAAAGGGAGUCGGGUCGAUGAAGUGUCGGACGUGGAGUCAGAGCCCGACCUCCCCCUGAAGCGGAAGCAACGCCGGAGUCGAACCACAUUCACAGCAGAGCAGUUGGAGGAGCUGGAGAAGGCUUUUGAAAGAACUCACUACCCCGACAUCUAUACCAGGGAGGAGCUGGCCCAGAGGACCAAACUCACGGAGGCCAGAGUUCAGGUUUGGUUCAGCAAUCGAAGGGCCAGGUGGCGAAAACAAGCAGGAGCCAAUCAGCUUGCGGCAUUCAACCAUCUGCUGCCAGGUGGAUUCCCUCCCACAGGGAUGCCAACACUUCCUACAUACCAGCUGCCAGAGUCCAGCUACCCAUCCAACACUUUGUCCCAAGAUGGCGGUGGUACAGUUCACCGUCCCCAGCCGUUGCCUCCAUCCACCAUGCACCAGGGCGGUCUGUCAAGCACUGACAGCAGCGCUGCCUACGGUCUUGCCUCGAACCGUCACAGCUUCUCAAGCUACUCUGACUCCUUUAUGAGCUCUGCAGCACCUGGCAACCACGUCAGCCCUGUCAGUAACGGACUCUCCCCACAAGUGAUGAGCAUCCUGAGCAACCCAAGUGGCGUGUCCUCACAGUCACAACACGACUUUUCCAUCUCACCACUCCACAGUGCCUUGGAAUCCUCUCCAUCCAACGCCAUCUCAGCCAGUUGCAGCCAGCGUUCAGCUGAAGCCUCCAUUAAGACCGUGGACAGCCUUUCACCCUCCCAGUCCUAUUGCCCCCCCACAUACAGCACAACUAGCUACGGCAUGGACCCAGCUGUGGCUGCUGCCGGCUACCAGUACAGUCAGUAUGGCCAGACUGCUGUUGAUUACCUGGCGAAGAACGUCAGCCUGUCAAGUCAGCGCAGGAUGAAGCUGGCCGACCACUCGGCUGUACUGGGACUUCUGCAGGUGGAGACUGGCCAGGCCUACUAGUACUCACCAGACAUGCAUGCAAAAUCACCAGCAAAGCCCGCACCUCCUACUACCAGCCAUACAAAUCUCACAGAGACCCUGUGUGUGCGUGUCCGUCAUAGAUUUACUAUACACUGUGCAUUGGGCUGAUAUUUUUUUUAUACUAUAUUUAUUUGUUUCCAGUGGUUGAUGAUUGAAUGAUACAGCUGUCCAAGCUUUAAACAUUCCCCAUGUGACCAACCAAAUCCCCAACAAGGAUUUCAUCUAUUACGCAUUUUUUUAUUCAUUAUUUUUUAUUGCACUACAUUUUGUACACAGCAUUGGUGGAUCCUAACUAGCUGGAUAAUUAUACACUAGUAUUAUAAACUAUAAAACAUUUUCAAUGUAGAUCUCGAAGAAUAUACAAAAUUGUUGUUUACCCCAAUGUUUGGGGUCAGUUGCUAUGUGAAUCCUGAGCAAAGUAUUUUGGACUGUGUGUAAUCUAUUACUUGGUAUUUCAAAUAUUUGGCCAAAUUUUUGUCUGUCAGCAAACAACAAAAUUAUGUUGCAUGUAAAACUAUAUUUGGCAUUUUUUGGUCCCAAUUUCAUGGCUUCAAGAAUUAACUCCAGUCUGUUUUCAUAUAUUGUGUUUAAAAAACAGUUUUAAUGUUAUUCUUUAAGUUCUGUCUGCACACUUGGUAACAAAACACUCUCCGGUUUCUGGUUGGGUUGUCAGACAACUGCAUGUGUAUUUGAGUACAGGCUUUAAAUUCUAAGCCAAAUUCAAGGCAGCAUCCCUUUUAUUUUCAUGAAAGUUGCUUAGUGGCGCCCCAAAAAUGAUCCCCUGAGUUACAAAUGUCUGAUUCCCAAUGGAAAUCUAUAUAAAAAAGGGUUUUCAGACAAACAAAAUUGCAAUUCCAACAUUUUGCUGCUUUGCUAGAUAAUGGGUAAAUCCUGUGCUUCAUUUUACUUUCGAUUAAAGAUAAAAAUGUGUGACAUCAAAUUUAGCCAAAAGGUAUUUUUCUUCAAGCUGUGUGGACAAAAACGAUCAAUUACUGCUUGACUGAAGUUUCAACGCUGCAUGAAACUGGGUUCAGACUAUACCAUAAAGCAGGAGUGCCCAAUGGGUCAAUCUCGAGGGUAGUACCAGUCGAUCACGUGCAAUUGAUUAAAAAGAAAAUGACGUCCUUCUUGUGACAGAUGAGAGGCUCGUUGUUUUCGUCAUAUUUGACUUGUUCAGCGCUGUAAGGUUACCGCUAAUACUUACCGGCCGGUCCUUGGAGGGGAGGGGGUAGAUCGCCAUGUGAGGGCACUCCUGCAGUAAAGAUAUUGGUUACUGAAAUUCAACCAUAGAAAAUUCUGAAUUUAACGUUUUCACUUUGAGAAGAAUAAAUAUUUCAUCAUAAUAUUUUUGUUAUGUGAAACUGGUCAUUUCUAUAGAUAUUAAAUAUCAGCACACAAAAAAUGGCAGCUUUAAAAGAAAAAAAUGUCUUCAGGUCCCCUAUGUGCUUGUUUAGGAGACUGAUAUGGACUAAUUACAUUCCUGAGGAGACUCAUUUCCUCGUAUCAAGACCUCCCGAAGAGCUAGUUGGAGGUCAAACAAGUUCCUGGCUGAGCAGCAGACAUUCAGUGUGACCAUAUACUGAUAUUUGAUGGCAGGCGGACAUAUCUCCCUUCAGCUUUGUUCAAAUUGUUGAUGUUGUGUUCUUCGUCUCAUUUUACUGGAUUCUUGUUCAUUCCAUAUCGAGUUGUAGGUGCCUUAUGCCGGGCCCUUUUGGUUUUAAGAGGUUUUAGACACCACGACGGUCUACCUCAGAAAUCCUCAAUAUUAUUUACACAUUUGCUUUCAAUGGACUGUCAAACAUCAAAAACAGUCAAAACACCACGGCAGUCUGCUCUCUUUUUGUUGACCAAGGCUUUGUGAGACUUGCAAGUUGUCCCUGCUGCAGUCUUCAACGUCUAACCAUGGACUUGUUGAUUGAAAGUUCGAGUGCGGCAUCUCUGUUCCCCUCAUCAAUGGCCACGUCGAUAGCCUUUAGCUUAAAAGCUGUUGCGUUGUGUCUUUGACAUCUUUAUUUCUGGGAAUAAGCGGUGGCGGGAAUAAAUCUCAAUUAACCUUAUUUUCGGAUGGUGAAAAACAAAGACAAUUCAGAGAAUAGUUGCAUCAUUCCAUACAAAAAACAACAAACUGUGCAUCGACACUAUUUUAGUUCUGUCUUCAUUUUCUUUCUUUCUUUUUCUGCAAUUGUUUGUGUUAACCUUCUACGUUGUAUAUAUACAUUUUGAUUCACAGCAAACCAAGGAGGACAGUAUGGAUCAAAUGUACAGAUGUGCUCAUUCACCCCAACCCUUCCUGUUUUCCCCCAUAGUACAUCCUCUGCUUACUUUUUGCUUGGCAUGUGGGUUUAUUAUCUUAGUACAAUUUAUUCUUCCUGUACGAAGUAUUAGACUAGUUACAAAUUUGUAAUGGCCCUUACUCCCAUCAGCCUCUUGAUGUGUUAACUGUAAUAAAGCUCUCCAACUGGACAACGACUGUGUUGUGCUG